AUGCAAGCAUGGCCUCCACUCGUUGUCAAAGGAAAGUUCGCUUCUCAGCACGGGUCCACUGCGCCAUUUCUUAGCAAAGGGAAAUCUGAAGAUCAGAUGUGCCUGAUCCUCUGCUCGAUUUUCUUGGCUAAGAAGAUCCAGCUUCAGAAGAAGAUGGGUUUUCAAGAAUGCGAUAAAGAAUAG